CUUUUUGCGGAGUCGGGUUGCGGGCAACAGUCAGGGUUCCCCGGGGACAGUGGGCCUGCACUGACUUUCUCCCCGCCCGCAGGCGUGAAGACCCCCUUGUGGAAGAAGGAACUGGAGGAGCCCCGGGCCAGGGAGGAGGAGGCGGAGGCAGCGGAGGAGGGGUCGGAGGAAGAAGACGAGGGGAGGCCGCUGCAGGAGAGCGCAGCCGAGAGCGAGGCGGAGUGCGGGGGCGCGGAGAGCAGCGAGGGACGAGAACGCGGCUCGGUGUCCUACAGCCCGCUGCGCCAGGAGUCCAGCACCCAGCAGGUGGCGCUGCUGCGGCGCGCGGACAGCGGCUUCUGGGGCUGGCUCAGCCCCUUCGCGCUGCUCGGCGGCCUGGCGGCCCCGGUGGACAGGAAGCGGAUCCUUCCGGAGGAGCCGUGCGUGCUGGAGACGCGGCGGCGGCCACCACGCGGUGGGGGAUGUGCACGCUGCGAGAUCCUUUUCUGCAAGAAAUGCAGGAACCUGCACAGCCCCCCCGCCUACGUGGAGCACUGUAUUCUGGAGCACCCAGAUCUAGGUGAGGUGCGGGCUUAGGGAGGGGGACCCGGUGCGCCCCCACUCACAGCCUUUGUGCUCUCCAUCCUCGCCUGACCCCAAACUCCCCUCAAAUUUCUAUCUCCUGACGCGGAGCGCUCUCCAGCACAUCUCACAGAGCUGCUCCUUCUUAAAACUGCCCUCCCGUAGCGCCCACUUAAGCAAGCAGGUCCACUGUCGAUGCGGGGCUCCCACCUGUCAUCUAGCGCCCACCUAAUGCAGAGCCCAACCUUACCAGGAGCCCCAUUCCUUCCAUAGUGCCCCCAAGGGCUACCCUGCACCCUGCAGCACCCAGUGCCUACUGCCCACCUGACUCGUGUCCCCUGGCACAGCCUCACAUUCAUCUCUGGGUAUUUCAGGUCCUUUUAGCCAGCUGGGCAGAGGCAUCGCCUAGAGGAAAUAACCUCCAGGUUUCCUUACUCCCCUGAGAAACCUGCCCCUUCCUCUCAAGUCAUUCAAUAAAGCCUCUAAGCAAAAUGUCAGUGCCUUUAGGUGGGGGCAGGGUGGCUCUGGGAAGGGUGAUGAAAUUGACCCUCCUUCCCCUCCCCAGAGGUUCAAGCCAGAGGGAAAAGGGCAGGCCAAGAGCCUCCUCCCUCUGCUCCUCCUCCCCCAGGACAGGGUGGAACAAAGCACUUGCAUCUAAGGCAGUCAAAGGCCAUUCU